AUGACCUACAACUGCUGCUCUGGAAACUUCUCCUCCAGCUCCCUUGGGAGUCAUCUGCACUACCCAGGCUCCUUCUACGCCAGCAACCUGGUCUAUAGCAGACCUCUACUCUCCCAGCACCUGCCAGCUGGGCUCCUCUCUCUACAGGAGGUGUCAGGAGACCUGCUAUGA